AUGGGGGCCGGCCGUGGUCGUGGCCGUGGCAUCGGCGCGCAGCCGUCAAAUGAAAACCAGAAUCCGCGGAGGAAUGAGCCUCGGCAGCCGGGCGCUAGCGGCGGCGGUGCAGCGGCAAGCGGACGGGGCAUUUACUCUGCGGUGAAAUUCGUGUACGAGUAUGAAACUGUUCGCGGGGGCGGAUAUGACACAGGCGACCUUGACGAGGCGAGGGGUUCGGAGCAGAGGGACGUACGGGGGAGGGGUGAGGAGGAGAAAGGAGGAGUUGGAGAGGGACGAGCAGCGCAGGGAGCACGCGGCGGUGCGGAGUGGCGUGGGAGGAAGGCGCGUGGCGUGUGGUUGAGGCUGGCGUGCGGAUCCUCGCGAGCUCAAGGUCGGGGGGACGGGAAAGGUCCUACUGGUGGCGGUGGUGCUGGUGUGCAUGCAGGAGCAGGCGGGCACAGAGGCCUUGGGUACGGGUCUCACAGGGCAGAGGUAUCGAGUGGUGCCGGGACGAGCGAGGGCGCAGCGAGGACGUUCAGGCCGGGCGGAGUGCUGCGAGGGGACGGCGAGGGUGGGGAGCAGGAGGAGAAAAAGGAGCACGCAGGGGUUGGGGACGACGGAACGGACGGGGGGGAUGCCAAUGAGAGGGGGGUAGAAGGGACGGAGGGGGACGAGGCGAUGGUGGUGGAAGAGAAAGUGCAGGGCGGCAAAGGAGGAGGUGAUGGGACGACGGCUGUAUCAAGUGGCUCACAGGUAGGAGGAAGCAGCAGCGGCGCGGAGAGGGAGGUGGUGGCGCUGCAGCAGCAUGUGCCCGUGGUAAGUGAGGAGGAGUGCGUGCGUGCCCUGAGUGAGGUGGGGGAGACAGCUGUGCUGGGGGCAGCAGUGGAAGCAGAGAAGGGCAGGGCGGUGACGGUGCUGCCUGUUUUCUUCGACAGGGGAGGCUCUUCCACUAGUAGCCACGCACCAGCUCAGCCGGGCUUGGAUGCAAGCGGUUCUGCUGCUGCUGCUGCUGCUGCUGCUGGCCCCGUGAGCCUGUCUAAGCAUGCAGAUGCUGGGUCAGGUGCUGCACCAGGUGGUGCUGUAGGAGCGUGCGAGGUGCUGCCUGUGGUGGAAGAGAGGGUAGGGCUCCUACCUGUUUUGGAUGACAGGCAAAAGCGCUUGCCGCUGUCCGUAGGAGCAGUGGAAGCAGCGGAAGUGACGUGUCCUGCAGACGUGGCAGUGCGGUUUGAGAGGCUCCACAUGGGCGUGGAGGCCAUAGGGGCAGACGGGGUGGGUGAGGGGGCGGAGGGAGGGGCGGAGGGCGAGGAGAAGGAGCGGCGAGACAGCAGAGGAGUGCAACAAGGAAGAAGAGGCCAAGGGGGCUCACCAGGCCAGGGAGGCCUAGGGGGUCUAGUGGGUCAGGCGGGUCAAGGGGGUCAAGGGAGUGUAGGACAGCAGUGGGGUGAGGGAGGUUGGCAGCGAGGCAGGGGAAGGGGGCGUGGGGGCAGAGGAAGAGGCAGGGGCGGUGGAGGGAGGAGGGGCAGGGGAGACGAGCAACAAGUGGAGGUGGGGAGCGGGCAGUGGGCGUGGGGCCGGGGGCAGGGCGGAAUGCUGGAUGGGGGGGUGGAGGACGUGGGGUAUGUGACUGUUGGCGGUGUGACUGUAUCGACAGGUAGAGGUGUGGGUUGGCGUGGGGGGUAUGAAGGGCAGGGGUAUGGGGAUGGAGGGAGGCAGGGGCGUGGAAGGGUUGGGGGUGGGGCGAGGGGUAGGGGGAGGGGGAGGGGUGGGGAAAGAGGUGGGGGAAGGAGAGGUGGGAUGGGAGGUGAGGGAGAGAGUGAGGAGGAUGGUGAAAGUGGGGAAGAGAGUGAGGAGGGCAGCGAUAGUAGCAUCGAUGCUGACGUGGCACUGGACUUUAUGGGUAACCUGGUGGAUGAUAGUGAUGAUGCGAGCAUGGGGGAGGGCGAGGCGGACGAUACGGAUGAGGAAGCGGAUAAGGGUGAGGAGGUGGUGGUAAUGGAGGGAAGGGUGGCAGAGGAGGAAAAGGUGGAGGAGGAAAAGGUGGAGGAGAAACAAGUGGAGGAGGAACAAGUGGAGGAGGAACAAGUGGAGGUCGAGGAGGAGGCGGCAAAGGAAGAAGUGGGGGAGGAAGAGGCAGAGGAGGUAUUCAAUGAGGAGGAGGAGGGCGAGGAGGGCGAGGAUGAGGAGGUGGAAGAGGGGAACGGGGAAGAAGCAGAUGCAGUGGCGGGCGAGGGCGAGAGUGAGAGCGACGGCGAGGGCGAGAGUGAGAGCGACGGCGAGGGCGAAGAAGGCGGAGUGUGGUACGAGGAGGAGCGGCACACUGGGCUGGGGUACUGCGCUGGUGCCUCCGCGCCCUCUCCCGAGGAGUUCUGGAACCACCUCAAACGCGUCAGGGGCUCGAAACAGGGGGGCCAGGCGGGCGACAGAGGAGGAUCGAGGGCAGGCGGGGCGGCAGGGCAGGGCGAAAUGAGGAAGGGCAGUGAAGCAGGGGGGCUGGAUGUUGGCGUGCAUGGGGAGGAGGAGGAAGGUGAAGGGGCGGAGGAGGAUGCAGACAAGGGCGAAGGGGAGGAGGAAGAAGAGAGUGAAGGGGGGGAGGGGAAAGAGAGUGAGAAGGAGGAGGAAGGGGAGAGCUCGGAGGGUAUGGAGGAGGAGUUGGGCGAGGAGUGGGAGAGGGAGCUUGAGGCGGCCUACCAGAGGGAGCUGGCUCGCCGCCAGACAGCCAAGGGCAAGGGCAAGGGCAAGGGCAAGGGUGCCCCCUCUGCUGCUCCUGCUCCCCCCUGCCCCGCCUCUGCUGCUCCUGCUCCCCCCUGCCCCGCCUCUGCUGCUCCUGUUGCACGGGGCACUGCAGCCCCGACACGCGGCAGAGGGCGGGCAGCGAGGGGAGUGGGAGCAGGGAGAGGAGGGGGGGCGGGGAGAGGAGGAGUGGCAGGGAGAGGGAGGGCAGGGCAAGCAGGAGCAGGAAAGGGGGGAGCUGGGGAAGGAGAAGGAGCAGGAGCAGGGGGUGCGGAGGGCAGUAGCGGCAGGGGAGGGAUGGGGCGCGGGUCAAAGAAGGCUGCAAGGAAGGCAAAGAGGGCCCUGGCGAAGCAAACCAAGAAGGCGGCAAAAGCGGCGGGCAGCAAGAAGGGGCGCAGGAAGCAGGCGAGGGAGCUGAAGCGCAUGCAGCGAGCUGUGGGAUUCAGCCCCGAUGCUGCUGACGUGGACCUCAUGCACCUCAACCAGGGCAUGCAGCAGGUGGCGGUGGGCCGUGUGGACGUCUUUGCGUCGCCUCCAUUGACACAGCACCAGUUCUCCAUGGUACAAGGCAUGGCGCGCUCAUAUCGCCUGACCGCCACGGUGCAGCAGAGUGGCAAGAGAAAGAUGCUGCUCUUUCGGUCUGGGCGGCACACAGCAGUGCCACAGGGAGAUGACAUGACUCGAUUGGAAGAGAUUCUCGGGCGCUUCAACCUUGCAAGAGCCGCUGCCGCAGAGUGUGGUGAUGCGAGCAGCGGGCCGGGGCAGCGGGGGGUGAGGAGGAAGGGUGGGGACUACAGAGAGCGGCGGCUGGCUCAGUACAUGGAUGACAUGGAUGUGGAGCGAGGAAUCGCUGAGAUGGAGGAGAUGAUGCUCAUGAUGGGUGAUGAUGAUGACAGUGAUGAGAACGAGGAUGAGGAGGAGUCGGAGGAGGAGGAGGAGGAGGAGGAGGAGGAGGAGGAGGAGGAGGAGGAGGAUGAAGAUGAUGAGAGUGGGGAGGAGGAUAGCGAAGAGAGUGAAGAGAGUGAUGGGAGCGAGGAGGAUGGGGAGAUUGAUGGGAGUGCUGAGAGUGAGGAGGGUGGGGAGGGUGAGGGAAGCAGUGAGGAGGAAGAUGCGUUUCUGGAGUUGGAGGAGGAGGAGUGGCUUGUGCCGGACGGGGGCGACCAGGAGGUGACUGAGGUGAGCGUGACUGUACAGAACGUGCAGCAGUCGGGCUCAGAAGCAGAGGAGGUUUUGGGGGUUCUGAUGAGUGAGGAAGGUGCAGAAACGGGUGUGGGUGCGUCCUCUGGUGCGAGCCCUACAGGCAGUGUGGCGGGUGUCACAACAAACGCAGCGGAUGCUGCCGCUGCAGCCAGUGUAGGGGCCUCUGUUGCCUUGCAGGGACAGGUCGCUGGUGUGGCCAUUGGUCAGGAGAGAAGGACUCUUCAGAGCAAAGGUGGGGCAAAGAGUGGCAGGCAGGGUAACGGAGAGGCAAGAGGAGGCCGACGAGGGCAAGGUGGCAGCGGUAGCAGAGGGAGGAGAGAAAGGGGAGGAAGGGAAGAAGGUAGGGUUGACAGGAGCAGUGUGGGUGGCUGUGGUGUGGCAGCGGAUUUUGCAAGUUUUGAGGCGCACACGAGGGGGUUUGGGUCGCGCAUGAUGGCACAAAUGGGUUUCCGCAUUGGCUCUGGCCUUGGGAAGGACAAGCAGGGCAUUUCCGAGCCUGUGCAAGCUGAACUACGACCCAAGGCCGCUAUUCGUCUCCCCGUCACUCGACCGGCAAAUCGCAGCCCGUAUUCGAGCCGUGACGUACACAUUCAGGAUGACGAUGACGAUGACGAUGACGAUGACAGCGACGGAGCAGAGCACCCGAGUCAGGAAUCUCCUCUGCCGGAAGCCGAAGAGAGCGAGAUUGACAGUGUGGAUGAGGAGGAUGACCCAGGGGACUCGGAGCAGUUGGACGGCGCUGCGCCGAUUAACCGCACCAACGCCGACCCCGGACACGCGGACGACGAGUCAGAGGACGGGGAAAGCGGAAAUUCCCCAUCGCCUCCGUCUGCGCCUUCGCCUCCGCCAGUGGUGUGCGCGGGGGCGUGCUCGCAGCGGGAGUGGGAGGCGCUGAGUCCGAGCGCGACGGAGGGGCGGUGCGCGUGCGUGCACCCCGCGGAGCUGGCGGUGCGGCUGUCCAACGCCACGGCCGUGGAGAUGCACUUCGCAUCCUUCGUCCACGACCUGGCGGAGCAGCUGCGCCUGCCCGAGUCGUGCAUCCUGCGCCGCUCCCUAUCCCGCACCGACCACACCGCCGCCAUUGUCACUCUGCUGCUCCUCCCGCGCUAUCAGCCCACCUUCCCCAGAAGCUUCCUGGCGCAGGUCGACUCACGGAUGAGGCGGCACGAGAUACACCUGGAUGCCAGGCUGUACGGGGAGUACUCGCUUGUGGCCCUCACUCAGCUGUUGCCGCCCCUUGCGCCUCCCUCCCUGCCCACGCCGUCGCCACCGCCCGUUCCGGCCCCACCAGCCCCAGGCAACAGCGGCAGCAGCAGCGGUGGCGGUGGUGGUGGUGGCUACACCACCAGCAAUGCCAGUGGUAACAGCAAUGUCGUUGACAGUGCGAGUGGCAGCAGCAGCAGCAGCAGCAGCAGCAGCAACAGCACGAGCAGCCAAGGAGGAAGCAGCCCUAGCCCGGGGGGGGUAGGCAAUUACAGUGGCUCCAGUAGCAAUAGCCUUGGCUCUGGCACUGCCACGGGAGGGGUGGGCGCACAGGCAGGCGGAAACAGUGCAGGGGAGAACAGUGCAGGGGAGGGGAUGAGCGUGAACAUGGUAGUGCUGCUGGUGGUGGGUGCGGUGGCAGUAACUGCAGUGGGCGUGGGUGGCCUGCUCUACUGCACUUGGAUGCCUCGCCGCACCGUUGAUCCAACAGAGCCAGAGGUGCUGAUCAAGGGCAAGGGGUCAAGCAGCGACCUGCAGCACCCAAUCCAUCCUGCACAUUCGGAUGAGGAUGGGGAUGCCUAUGCAAAUUGCUGUCUCGCGUCAAGCACAGCUGGAUUCACGGCAGGGGCAGCAGGGGCGUACAGUAAGAUGGGUGCACGCGAUGACGGAGCGGACACAAGGGCAGAGCCUGGAGACGAGUGUGUGCGUGCUGCUGUAUCCGCGGCUGCACUGCCCGCUGCAGGGCUGGGUUGCGGGCGGGGCAGCGAGGGCAACAGCGAUGGGGGAGUUGCAGGGGGCAGCGGAAAGGGAGGAUUGGGUGGGCUGUCCGGGGUGAGGGAGUUCUCCCUCCAAGAAAUGGCUCUCGCCACCAACAACUUCCACGAGUCGUCAGUCCUGGGCGAGGGCGGCUUCGGGCGAGUCUACCGCGGCAACAUACCCCCCCAACCGCACUCCACCUCCUCCUCCCCCCCUGCUGCUCCUAUCGAAGUGGCAAUAAAGAGGAUGGACCGGGGCGGGCGGCAGGGCGACAGGGAGUUCCUAGUGGAGGUGGAAGUUCUGUCACGCUUGCACCACCGCCACUUAGUUAAGCUUCUCGGCUACUGUGUAGCACCGGGCGAGCACAUGCUGUGCUACGAGCUGCUGCCGAACGGCAGUCUGCACUCGUGGCUGCACGGGCCGCACUCCCACCACGCCUUCCUCGACUGGCCCGCGCGGGUCAGCAUAGCAGUGGGCGCGGCGAGGGGGCUGGCGUAUCUACACGAGGGGUCGCAGCCAGCGGUGAUUCACCGCGACUUAAAGCCGUCCAACAUCCUGCUGGAUGCGCGCAUGAGCCCCAAGCUCGCUGACUUUGGGCUCGCCAAGGCGGCGCCGCAGGGGGCGGAUGAGCACGUGUCCACCCGCGUCAUGGGCACCUUUGGGUACGUGGCGCCGGAGUACGCAAUGACGGGGCAUCUGAUGGUGCCCAGCGACGUGUACAGCUUUGGGGUGGUGCUGCUGGAGCUGCUGUCGGGCCGCAAGGCCGUUGACACCUCGAGGCCACUCGGCCAGGAAAGCCUCGUGCUCUGGGCGCGUCCACUGCUCUCAAAGCCCUCCCGCUACAGCCACCUGCUGGACCCGCGCCUGCUCGCCUGCCCUUCACCGCCCCCUCCUGCUGCGCUGCACACUGUCGCCACACUCGCCAAUGCCUGCGUCCACAGCGACCCCGCCGCCCGCCCCUCCAUGAGCACUGUCGUCGAGCUGCUGCGCCGCGCACAACAGACAAGCAACGCCGACCAGAAGCAACCGUCCUUUGCGUCUCUGCUGUCACUGGAUACACUGUGCAUGGCAUCGCCUUGUUUGCAAGAGCAGGGCGGCUCCCUCAUGCCACCUGAUUCCAACCCCGAUUCCUCCUUGGGACCCCACAGCCCCAGGUCACUCGCAGCAGGAGCAGCAGAGACAGCAGACGAGAUCAAUCUGCUGCCAGCAGUCGGCGCAGCAAUGGGAAUGGCAACCCCUCUGUUGCCAGAAGUAGGAGCAGCCGAAGCAGCAGAAAUAGCGGAACCAGAGCGUGUCUCCUCCCGCCUGCUGGGUCUCAGCUUCCGCCUCGAGCUCACUGUGACUUGGGGAGGAGACAGCACAGAGACACAGGAACAAUGCUGGAUGGAGCAGUGA